UAUACUAAUAGAGUAGUCAUUUUCAACCUAUCCGUUCUAAUUUCUAUCUCCUUUUAUCUUCUCUAUCUAUUCUUUCAUUUUAGUCCAAUUCACGUUUACCUGCAAUUUGCUAAUGAUGAAUCUAAUUUCCCAAUUAAACAUAGAAGGAAAAUUUCCCCCAAAAAAUAUUACAUCUAUCAAUUUACAUAGCAACGGUAUAAAUGGAUUUUCAAUCUAUAUAGAGCAAUUAUGUGGGGAUUAAACAAUUGAAGCAAUCAAGCAAAUAAUCUGAUAAUUUACUUCUCCUCUUUCCUAUUUUUUGAUUUUUUGAAUAUAUUUUUUUCUUUUUUCUUCGUUGAUAUGUUUUAUUUUCUAAAAUUUAUUCAAUUAAGAUUAAGGUGAAGAUAAAUAAAAGUGGAAUUAAAUAUAGCAAGGGAAGAUCUAAAAGUUCAAAGCUUUGUGGGAAGAUCGAAGAUCUCAUAUGUUCAAAGCUUGAAUAUUAAUAUUUUUUUCAAGAGGAUUACAAAUAUGAAAUUGGAUAUUGAUAAUCUAUCAGGUACUAUUGUUUCUUUUUAAAUAUCUUAAAUUCUUGCUCUAUUUUUAUAUGCUCUAUUUUUAGGAUAUUUUGUGCAGUAAAAUGUCUUGCUUCACAUAACUUGGUUUUUAGAGGAUCUAAUGACAAGCUUUACCAAGAUAGCAAUGGUAAUUUUUUUGGGUGUGGUUGAAAUGAUGGCUGAAUUUGAUGUUGUAAUGCAAGAUCAUGUUAGACGUAUUCAAAAUCGUGAAAUUCAUCAUCAAUACCUAGGGCCAAAAAUUCAAAAUGAGUUUAUUUUCCUCUUGGCUAAUAAUGUUAAAAAUACUACUGUUAAGAUCAUUAAAGAGGCCAAAUGUUUUUCUAUCAUUCUUGAUUGUACCCUAGAUAUUAGUCAUCAAGAACAAAUGACUUUAAUUGUGUGUUGUGUGAAUAUGUUAAAUCUUAUGAUUGAGGAGUACUUUUUAGAAUUUUUGAAUGUUGAUGAUACUUUUGGUUUGGGGCUUUUUAAUGUAAUGCAAGAUGUCUUGAAAUCUCUAGAUCUUGAUAUGGAUGAUAUAAGGGGUCAAGGUUAUGAUAAUGGCUCAAAUAUGAAAGGAAAACAUCGAGGAGUUCAAAGUCGCUUUCUUGAAAUAAAUCCGAGAGCCUUAUAUAUACCUUGUGCUUGUCAUAGUUUGAAUCUUGUUGUGAGUGAUAUGGCCCAUUCUUGUGAAAAAGCUAUCUCAUUUUUUGGCAUUAUUCAAUGCAUCUAUUCUUUAUUUUCGGGUUCCACAAAAAGAUGGAAAUUUUUACUUAACAAUAUUCCUGGUUUGACCUUGAAGUCUUUGUGCAACACUCGGUGGGAAGAUAGGAUAAAAAGUGUUAAAGCAAUUAGAUUUCAAACUCCCCAAAUAAGAAAUUCUUUAUUGAAAUUAUUUGAAUCAUGUGAGGAUGCAAAAACAAAGAGUGAAGCUAAGAGUUUGGCUAAUGCACUUAAUAAUUUUGAGUUUAUUCAUGGUAUGGUGAUUUUGUAUGAUAUUUUAUUUGUUGUGAAUAUCAUAAGUAAAAAAUUGCAAUCCGAAUCCAUUUGCAUAAACACUUGUAUACAACAAGUAAGAGGCAUAUUGUUAUCUUUUGAAAAGUAUAGAGAAGAAGGUUUUGCUAAUAGUUUAGAGAUUGCUAAAAGUAUUGCACUUGAAAUGGGUGUAGAGCCCAAUCAUCCUACAAAACGUCAUAUUGUUAGAAAGAGACAUUUUGAUGAAAUUGGCGAUGAUGCUGAAGUUCAAUCGGCAGAAGAAAAUAUUUAGAAUUAAUUAUUUUUUGGUUGUUGUGGACAUAGCAAUUUCUUCUUUAAAAACAAGAUUUGACCAAUUAAAGGCAUUUGAAAAUGUUUAUGGAUUUUUAUUUGAUUCUAAUAGGUUGAAAGCAAUGAAUGAUAAAAAAAUUGAGAGAUUCCUGUGUUAAGUUUCACUCCACAUUCUCUCAUGAUGAUUCGUCCGAUGUUGAUUUUAAUGAUUUUUAUUCUGAAUUAAAAGUGUUACAAGUGACUUUGCUAAAUGAGUCAAUGUCUACUAUUAAUAUUCUUAAAUUUGUAAAGUCUGCAGAAUGUUACCCAAAUGUCUUAAUUGGUUAUAGGAUAUUUUUAACUUUGCCCGUAACUAUGGCAUCAGCAGAAAGAAGUUUUUCAAAGUUAAAGCUUAUUAAAACUUAUUUAAGGUCAUUAAUGUCGCAAGAAAGGUUGAAUGGUUUGGCAAUAUUAUCCAUUGAAACAAAAUUAUUAGUCAAAAUUGAUGCAGAUGUUAUUAUUGAUGAUUUUGUUUCUCAAAAUGUUCGUAGAAAUCACAUUUAGUGAUUAUUUUUGGUUGUCUUUGUAGGUGAUAAUAAGAAAUUGUUUUACAAGGAGGAGAUUUCUUUUUUAUAUAUGCGGUCAAUGAAGAUUGAAGAAAUUAUUCUAUUUUGAUUUGAAGACGAUAUGUCUUAUUUUAUUUCUUUUCGAAAGUAUUGUUCAUUUUAUCAAGUAAUAUAUAUACUUUUUUUUACUAAUCAAUAUUUAAGAGUGUUAUUUUAUUGUGAUUGUAUACAUUUAUUUGUGAAUACAAAUUAUAAUUAUAAAAUAGUGUUUUUGCCCUUGACUGUGUAGGGUAGAUCAACCCUUGGUGCACCUAAACGUAAUAUGUGUUUAUAUUGCUAAAGGAAAUUACUUCCCUAUGGUGUCUGAUGGAUCGGCCUUUUGGGAGGAGUCCAUGAAAGGGAAUGUGUUACUUUUGUGACAUUAUAUACAUGUAUGUUAUGGAUAAAAAAAUUUUUAAAGUGUGACAAUUCAAGUUUUUUAUACUAUAUCAGUAUACUUUUAUUUAUAUUAAAUAUAAAAGUAUUUUACGAUUUUGUAGAUUUCGAAUAUAAUUUUAAAGUCAAACGUUUUCUAAGUAUAAAUUGUUUGACACGUUAGAGUAACCAUUCACUAAGUUGUGGCUCAUAUUUAGUAAUUUGUUUUCCACAGGUAAUGGUGAGCCAUAUUAUGUGUCUAAUGCAUGAGAGGUGGGCGAUGUAGAUCAAACGAAAAUUAAUAAGACAUUUUUUUUAAUUUAUAUAAUAAUAAGACAUUUUUAUAUUAGUUUAAAUGAUUUCUUUUGUUAAAGUUUUGACGCAUUACACUCACCGAGUGUGGCGAACACCUCAUAUUUACUUUUCGCUGCUACUUAAUAACAGUUACGUCUUUUAAUAAAUAAUAUUUUAUAAUUAUUAAAAAUUAGGGGUAUUACACAUGUCUCGUGGUUUUGUAUUGAUUUCAUAUACUUUACGCGUAAUUUCACCUUGCUCCUUUCUUUGAAGUGUUUUGAGGAUUAUUUCAGGUGAUUCCGGAGAUUUCCAGGUCAUGAGUUCGAGGCUUAGAAACUUACAUCGGAGUUUAGACGUGUUCAUCGAAGUUUUGACAUACAAUUCAUGUCACUAAUCCUAGGCAAAGUUCAGAGGCCUUUAGUAGCUGUAACAAACUUCAAAAGGGAGAAACAAGGCCCAUUCAGCCGAAUCAUCCCUCUAUUCAGUCGAAUGGAGAUGCAGCUAUCAACAUUUCGAUGGCCUACUCACUGGAAAUGGCGAAUGAAGAACAUUCGGUCAAACAUCAUCCAUCGGCCAAAUGAAUGUGCCAUUCGGGCGAAUGGCCCCCAGUCACCAUAUUGUUCCAAAACUCUUUGUAUAUGCCGAAUGAGCAAACAUUCGGGCAAAGACAAUCUAGUCGGGCGAAUCAGGUCUCCAUUCGGACGAAUGGCCCUAUUUCUGCGCGUGUUGUUUUCUUCUCAAUCAAGAAUUAGUGGCUAGUUUUAGGAUUUCAAGGCACCUUUGUUUUUGAGGGUAUAUAUAUCCAAUAACCCACAUUAUCUAUUCCUCUUAACCCUAAUACAUUCCUAGUGUAGAUUUACUCUUGCUUAAAAACUUUGUUUUAGUUCAUCAAACCCUAGCUUUAGUAGUUUAUGCCAUAAAACUUUGUAGUUUAAAGAUCUCUACUUUCUAGUAUUGGAUUUCAAUCUUAGUUCAUGAAUCUUCACCAUAUCUCU